AUGUUGCAGAGAAGAUGGCCAUGAUGAGGAUGAUGAUGACCCUGCCCCCACAUCCCCGGGAUGGUCAUGUGACCCCCUUUCAUGAACUUUAAAUGGCUGUCAUGCCCUGGAGUGAGAGAGACGUCGAAGAGUCACGGACGCAGCUUGACGGAAAAACGGUUGAGAACCACUUGUCUAGUGACUGCAGGAUGUCGAGAUCUCUGCUACUCUGCUGCUGGACCCUCAGUCUGCUGACGCUCUCGUCAACACUGGUCCACCAGAACCACCAAAACCUCCAGGUGGACAACGACCUGGCCGCCCCGAGCCACCCUGACUCCUCCUACCUGUCCGAAAUGGAACGAGGCCACGCCCCCGCCCUCCUGCCUGUCGAUUCAGUGGAGGAUCAUUUCCUGAUGGAGUCGGGCUCCUACGAUGAGGACUCAGCGGUGGCAGCGGCGGCAGCGGCGGCCUUGCAGCAGCAAGGUCGCGCUAUGCGCUCGCCUCGCCGUUGCAUCCCUCACCAGCAGUCGUGUCUGGGCUACCCGCUUCCCUGCUGUGACCCCUGUGACACCUGCUACUGCCGCUUCUUCAACGCCAUCUGCUACUGCCGCCGCGUGGGCCACGCUUGCCCGCCCAGACGCACCUAACACGCUACCGGGUCCUUGUCAUGUGCAA